GAGAGAGCGAGGCCGAAAGAGAAAUCCAGGCAGGAGAGAGCGGGGCCGAAAGAGAAAUCCAGGCAGGAGAGAGCGGGGCCGAAAGAGAAAUCCAGGCAGGAGAGAGCGGGGCCGAAAGAGAAAUCCAGGCAGGAGAGAGCGGGGCCGAAAGAGAAAUCCAGGCAGGAGAGAGCGGGGCCGAAAGAGAAAUCCAGGCCGGGGAGAGCGGAGCUGAGGGAAAAAUCUAGGCCGGCCAAGUACAGGUAGCAGCCAUGCUUGUCCCAGUCUUCACCCUCAAGUUAAACCACAAAAUUAACCCCCGAAUGGUGACUGUGGGGAAAUACGAUGGCACACACCCCUGUCUAACUGCUGCUACCCAGGCUGGCAAGGUUUUUAUCCACAACCCCCAUACCCGUAGCCAGCAGUUUGCCUCCAAACACUUAUUGCAACGUGGCCUGGAUUCUGAUACCUCCCUCCUGAACAUAAACCAGAGUGUCAGCUGUCUUACUGCAGGAAUACUAAACCCCAGAGAUGGCCAUGACAUGCUGCUUGUGGGCACCCAGACUAACCUGCUGGCCUAUGAUGUACAUAACAACUCUGAUGUGUUCUACAAAGAGGUGGCAGACGGAGCCAAUGCAAUUGUGCUGGGGCAACUUGGGGAAAUACCUUCUCCCUUGGCAAUUAUCGGAGGGAACUGCGCACUCCAGGGCUUUGAUCAGGAAGGAAAUGACCUUUUCUGGACGGUCACUGGCGAUAAUGUCCGAUCAUUGGCACUCUGUGACUUUGACGGGGAUGGGAAGAAGGAGCUUCUGGCUGGCUCAGAGGAUUUUGACAUCAGAGUCUUCAAAGAAGAUGAAAUCAUGGCAGAAAUAGCAGAGACAGAGACUAUCACAGCACUAUGCCACAUGCAUGGGAGUCGAUUUGGAUAUGCCCUGGCAAAUGGCACUGUUGGGGUCUAUGACCGGGCUACACGUUACUGGAGAAUCAAGUCUAAAAAUCAUGCCAUGAGUAUUCAUGCUUUUGAUUUGAACUCGGAUGGUGUUUGUGAAUUAAUCACUGGCUGGUCAAAUGGGAAGAUUGACGCACGUAGUGACCGCACCGGUGAGGUCAUCUUCAAGGACAACUUUACCUCCUCUGUUGCUGGAAUUGUGGAAGAAGAUUACAGGAUGGAUGGACAGACGCAGCUCAUCUGCUGCUCAAUCGAAGGAGAAGUUCGAGGUUAUCUGCCUGCUGGUCGUGAGUUGAAAGGGAAUUUGAUGGACACAAAUGCAGAACAAGACUUAAUCCGUGAGCUGAGCCAGCGAAAACAGAACCUGCUGCUCGAACUGCGUAACUAUGAGGAAAAUUCAAAGGUUGCCUUGAGUGCCCUGGGUGGAGAAGGGGAUGGACAGAUAGGCAUUAUUCCAGCCAAUACACAACUGCAGACAGGCUUAUCUGUCAAUAUAGACACCACCAACCAAAGUCCUCAUGUGGAGCUGAACAUUUCUACAUCCAAUGAUACCAUCAUUCGGGCUGUGCUUAUCUUUGCUGAGGGUAUAUUUGAUGGAGAGUCUUAUGUGGUUCAUCCCAGUGCACAUAAUCUCUCGGGACAGAUCUUUGUCCCCAUCAUUCCACCCAAAGAUAUUCCAGUGGAUCUGCACAUCAAGGCUUUUGUGGGCUACAGAAACAGCAUGCAGUUCCAUGUGUUCGAGCUGACAAGGCAGCUGCCCCGAUUCUCAAUGUAUGCUCGCCGCACUCCUGGGACUGCUUCAGAGCCUCAAAGUUACGUCACCUUCACAGUCAGUGAUCGCGUGCAAAGGGUUCUGAUGUGGAUGAAUCAGAACUUCCUCAUACCUGAAGACAUUGAAUGUCCCAGUAUGCCAUUGGAAGUCUGCUUCACAUCUCUGAGAGAUGGUGGACAGCUGAGCAUGAAAAUGAAUACAAAUGGAGAGGUCACCAUCAGAACAGAGGAUAUUGACCUUGCUGGUGAACUCAUCCAAUCCAUGGCAUCUUUCUUAGCCAUUGAAGACCUCCAGGUGGAAGCAGAUUUCCCAGCUUACUUUGAGGAGCUGCGCCAAAUACUUGUUCAGGUGGAUGACUAUCAUUCUGUACAUCAAAAACUCACUGCUGAGAUGGCCGAUCACUCCAACCUGGUCCGUAACUUGAUGGUCCGGGCAGAGGAUGCACGACUAAUGGGAGACAUGAGGAAUAUGAAGAAGGGCUACAUGGAACUUUAUGACUUAAAUCGAGAUUUGAUAAAUGGUUACAAGAUUCGCUGUAAUAACCACACUGAGCUUUUGAGCUGUCUGCGAGCAGUGAAUCAGGCGAUACAGAGGGCAGGGCGCCUACGAGUUGGGAAGCCCAAGACCCAAGUGAUCUCUGCUUGCCGAGAUGCCAUCAAAAAUAAUAAUGUUAAUGCGCUUUUCAAAAUUAUUCGUGCUGGCAGCACCUCGUCUUGAAAAGGACAGAGGUCAUUUAUCAAGGCAAUAGUGCAAUUUGAGUUGGUUCAUAAACAGCAACAAGGCAGAGAGGCAAUGCAAAUGUGCCAUGUUGAUUCUGUCAACUCCAAACCAUCGCAGGCAAAUCCAAUUGGGUGACCAGGACUGUCUCGAGUGUAACUGUCUUAUGUUUUAGAUAUCACUGGAUCAGUGAGUAAAGUAUCAGAAUAUCUCAAGCUAUGGAAGAGGAACUUAGAAAGGAUUUAAAAUGUAACACGAAUGUUGAUAUUGAAUAGAUGUGAUUUGCCUUAAUAUCUAUCUACCCUCUGUCUCCUGUCUACAAUUCCCCCCGAAUCCUAUAUCCAUCCAUCCUUCAAUAUACUAUCUUGCAGCCACCUUUAUCUACACUCACUAUCUCCCAUUCACCCUUAUUUAAUUAAAAUUAUAUAUGUUCAAACACCAGAGAUAAAUUAACAUUUUAUCUUUAUUAAUAGUGAUACGAAGUAUGAGCAAGCUAGUGUACAUACAAGUAGGACAUCCAUUGGUGGCUUCAAACUACUAAUCAGUCCUGGUGAGUUCUGAGCACAGAAAUCAAAUAACUACUUGAAAUGAUGCAUCUUUAUAUACCGAGAUGGACAAUGUCAGAUGAUGUGUGCUGAACCCCUCAAUUCUGAUAAUAUCGCAUGCAACUAGACCAGUAGAUGGCAACAUUGUAUUUCAUACUUCAUUCUCAUGAGAAAUUAAAUUCUCAUCGGUAAAGGAUAAGACAAUUUUACAUGGUUAGGAACACUAUACUGUUCCGGAAUAAUAACAAGCUGGAGACAUGUCCCCAGAUAAGCCAUAAUUCUUCAUGCAAACACGUUGCUUCUUAAAUUGCCUCAAACUGAGAACGCAUCUGCUUGUUUAGCUUUAGCUUGCAGAAUCCUAACAACCAAAUCUAAACUGCAUGCUAGUCUCUAACACACACAAUAAACUCAUAAUAGAAUACCAUUAAAAUUGACUUCUACAUGCCCAAUGUGCAUCUGUGGUUUCUACAUGUCCUUUUUUGCUGUUAGCCUCUAUGCUCUGAUACCUUUUUAUCUAUACCAAACUGUUAACUACUUAUAUUAUACAUUUUCCUACAACUACACAUGUAUAUAUGCAACCCUGUUAAUCCCACUGAACUGCUACGUUGCAAUAACAGUAGGCUUUUUCCCACCUAUUCCCUCUUACUAUCCUUAAUCCACUCCAAAUUGUCCUAUCUUCCACCCAAUUACUAAAUCCCCUACCCAUACUUUACUAACCCCUAGUAACCCUUAUCCACCUUUAUUCUGCAACUAAAUUCACUUUCUUCAACCACUUCCACCAACCCUAAAACAUUCCAACAUCCUCACCAUUCCUUGCCCACUUCCUACCACCCUAACCUCCAACCAAAUACACUUCUAUUUCCACCCCAACAGUCUUCACUUUCCCAACAAUCAUUACUAUCCCCUGACCAUUCCAAUCCCCUCUCUGUUCUUUGUCAACUUCUAGCCACUCAAAAACAAAAAUAAAAAUACCUGGAAAAACUCAGCAGGUCUGGCAGCAUCUGUGGAGAGGAAUACAGUUAACGUUUCAAGUCCAUAUGAGGUUUUGGAUUUCCAGCAUCCGCAGUUUUUUGCUUUUAUUCUAGCCACUCCAAGUAUUUGAUAACCAUUUUUGACCAAUUUCAAGAUCCUGUACCUACUAAACACGAUCAUCUUCCUACCAACCUUACUACCCUACACACUGCAACACUCACACUGUCUGUUGCUAAUAACAGCCGACCCGCUAUCCUUUACCACUCACCCCCAAUAGUCAAUACUCAACCAUAACCCACCCCAUCACCCAAGCAGGCCCAAUAAUCCAACCUCUGCUAUCCUUACUUGACCUCAGCCAUACUUGCUAUUUGCUGUUCUGUAUACCUUUUUAGUUCUGUCAGUGUUCCAAAUGAAUUCUUCUCAAGUAGUCAGCCGUGGUUCAGUUGAUAGCAUGCUUAUCUCUAAGGCAAAUAGGGUUCAAGUCUCAUUCCAUAGAACCUGAGCACAAAAUCUAGGCUGACAUUCCGAUUCAGAAGUUAGGGAGUAUUGCAUGUGUGAGAUGGUGUCUUUCAGAUGAGAUGUUAAGCUGAGAACUCGUUUGUUGCCAGGUAGAUGUAAAAGAUCUCGUGACUAUGUCGAAGAGGAACAGAAAAGUUCUCUCCAGUGUCUAGCUGACACUUAUCCCUCAACCAAUAUCACAAAAACAAACCAUCUGCUCACAUUACCUUACUAUUUACAGAACCUUCCUAAGCACAAUUUGGCUGUCAUGUUUUCUGCAGUACAAAGUGACUACACCAGAAAAGUAAUUAAUUGGCUAUAAAGUGCUUUGGGACUUCCUGAGGUUAUGAAAGAUGCUAUAUAAAUGUAAAUCUUUUUCCUAUUAUUCCUGAAGUAAGGCAAUUUGCAUAUCAUUUUACUGAUGUUUGCAGCCUGUACAUCUUACCUUUCAGCCAAUUGUAAUAAAAAAAAGUUGAAGUGGU